AUGGAUGAGUCAAGCCUUGCUUUUCAUUGGAGCGGCUUAGCUGGAACAGUUGCGGAGGCAGCAGUGAGUGUGGCGACAGACAAGGCGAAGCUCAGCAGCCGAAGGGCGCGGGUGACGUACCUUUGUUGCAUCACGCACGACAGCACAGUGCAACCGUUGCUCCCGCAAGUGUUGCUGGGCAAUUCUCGGUCCUUCCCCUUAGAGUUUGUGAAGCAGGCUGCAGAAGUUGAACCGGGCAUUACUGUUUGGCGGGAAAAAUCCGCUUGGAACUCACACAGGUUGAUGCGGAAGUUCCUCCGGUUGCUGUGUGCCCGUUUGGGCGACUUGUUGAAGACGCGCAGCGUGGGCUUAUUGCUCGAUUUCGCUCCGUGCCAUGUGCAUGAUUCGAUUUUUGAAUUGGCCCGAAGCGCGGGGCUGCGCUUGUUGUUUGUCCCCCCUGGCAUGACGCCACUCCUGCAGCCUUGUGACACCCACUGCUUUGCAGCCUUCAAAAAUAACGCCCAAGAGAAUUGGAGGGUGAAGAAGAGUGAAGCUGGUGGGCAUCCAACUCUGUUGAUGUGGUUCCAAGCUGUGGCAGCUGCAGUCCAUGACCUUGUUCAUAGAAGUUGGGCUCGGGCCUUUGAGAGUGAUGGAAUUCUGCAGCAACAGCGGAACAUGUCAAGUCAUUUGUUGAAGCAGCUACACUGGAGUACCGCGCCCCAGGUCCCGCCAGUGUGGCCCAGCGAGGAGGUGGCCGCCAAGAUGUUGUCGAAGGCAGACCUGGAGCUGUUGAUUCGGGCCAAACAGGUUCGAUGCGUGGAGUGGUUGGCCUUGGAAGCGGUCGUCAGCUCAGUAUUGUUGACGGGUGCUAGGCGAGUCUACCAGAAAGACGUGGUCCAGAAGCUUAUCGCUAACCGGGCGCCAUUCCGUGCAACCUCAGACCCCAUGUUCUCCAACCUGCCUGCCUUCCGCCGGCAAUUUGAGUUUGCCUGUGAGAUCUUAGACAACAUCAACGACUGGGCAUUCAUCCUAGAGCACCGCGCCUUGCUACAGGCUAACACAGACUUCCACAAGCUGGGUGAAUCUCAAACCGGAGUCUUUUCGUACACCGUUUUUCUGUGGGCCACGCCCGUGGCUAUAACCUUGGACUUGGAUGUGGAUUCCCAAAGCGCUUUUGAGUGCAGCGAUUGGUUGCGGGCAAAUGUCCUCCUGGAUGUUCUGAAGCCAGGGGAUAAAACGUUCCUCGAAGAGGGGCGGCCCAAGCUCCGGAUGUCUGACAUGCCCGAGUUGCAACUGGACAUAGCUUUGUAA